AUGCUUCACACGCAGCCUCCAUUCUUCCGACGACUCCACUCUCAUUACUUAUUGCCUUUAUCUAAGCCUUACACCUCCACCGCUACCUCAUCGUCGUCUUCAACCGUCGCUGCAGCCGCAUCCUCGUCGGCUUGGCCGUGUCUACCACCGAAGCGUAUAAUUGUUCCGUCGAAACCUACCACAACCGCUGCGAAAACUCGUUGGGGAAAAGACGAGUAUGCUUCCUCAGGCGAUACCAAUUUGCUCGUCGUUGAUUGCUCGUUGCCAACUAUAAUCGCCGGAUACGUCGCAACCAAUAACACCGACGACCAUCGCACACCACAUAAUCGAUUUAGGAACAUACAUAUUGUUUUCAAUGAUAUCAGAUCUACCCCACCAAGAUCUAAGGUCAGUUGGGAUGGAUCUAGAAGCUUGACUUCACUUGCACAAGUAACGAAGGUGUGAGGGGCUCACCUUAGAGUUCUGUUGACUCAUUAACAUUUUUUGUGUAAUGUAAUGAUUGUUUCAAAUGGAGGACACUCACAACAAAAGAAGAAUUUAAAGAGAUAAUUGUUCUUGAAUCUCUUAUCUCUAUACCCUAAUUAUUGAUUUAAGUUGCUAAAACUUCAAUUUGUUCUAGGUCCAAAUGAUGUGGAUUUCUUAAAGAUGAUUGGAGCAUUAGAUGAAUGCGAACAUCUUACACAUAUUGAUCUUACUUUCUGUUGGAAAAUGCUGAUUAGUUUUUUUCGUGACGCCACAAGAUAUCAAGAAAACAAGGAGCAGUGUUAAUAAGAAUAUAAAACGAUAACAAGAUCUUUUUUGUUUAUGACUUAUAUUUCAUUUUAUGUUUGUAUACAUGGUAAGCAUAUCCUGCUUACAACGUUUGUGUGUAUACUAUUUAACUUGGA